UGCGGGGUCCAGGGGCUGCAGGCUGGGAGCAAGAGGCACUGGCAGGACGGGGAGGUGGGGGGGGAACUUGGGCUGUGCCCUGUCCCCACCCCCACACCGGGGCCUUGGGGCAUGGCUGGAACACCCAAUCCCUCACCUCACCUGUCCCAGUCUUCCUGUCUCCACCUGCCACAGGCUAUAAAGGUCCUGGAGGCUUCUGGACCUGCCCCAGCAUUGCCAUGAAGGUCUCAGCCCUGCUUCUGUUUCUGGGGUGUCUGUGCCACCCAGGGGAAUCCCAAAAUCACCGGCUGAGGUGCUACGAAUGCGGCUUUGAGAAGCUGUGUGAGGUCAAGGUGGUGACGUGCAAAGAGGGAGACAAGUGCGCCAUCUGGAAAGGACUGGCAGAUCACAAGGUCCACGACCCCAUCUGGAGCCGGGGCUGCGCGGCAGCAUGGAACUGCGGGGGCCGGGAGUACCUGCCCGGAUACCUGGGCUCCUACCGCAUCACCUCCACCUGCUGCAGCUCUGACCUGUGCAAUGCGGCCCCCCCGGCCCAGCUCCCCCCAGCAAUCCCCACCCUGCUGGGCCUGGCCGCUGCCCUGGGUGCUUGGCUGCCCCGUGCCCUCUGACCCCGUGCCCUCUGCCCCGCACUGGACACAGGCCCUGCCUCCUCCUGGCUCUGGGGAGGGCAGGGCCCCGGAGCGGGUCACAGUGGACAGUCCUGAUUGGGGGUGGGGGGAUGUCGUGGCAUCUCCAUGGUGAUGGGCUGUGACCUCGCAUAGCUGCUGCAGUGUCCCCCUGACUAUGACCUUUGAUGUCUACCUGGUUGCCAUGGUGGUGAGGUCACAUGGCCGCUGUAGUAUGACCAUGCCUGUGACCUUUGACCUCCAGGGGGUUGCUGUGGUUGUGGCCCAUGGCCUCGUGCAGAUUGACAUGGCAGCAGUGUCACAUGGCCGCUGCAGUAUUACCCUGCCUAUGACCUUUGACCUCCAUGAAGUUGCCAUGGCUGUGAUGUCACAUGGUCGCUGUGGUGUGGCCCUGCCUACGACCUUUGAUGUCAGUAAUCUUGCCAUGCCCGUGAUGUCACAUGGCCACUAGAGUGUCACCAUAGUUACCUGUGACCUCUGUGUUGUUGCCAUGGUCACAACCUAUAACCUCGUCCGGGUAGCCAUGGCAACAUCACGUGACCUCUGUGAUGUCACCAUGCUCAUGAUUGUGACCCUCCACAGCCAUGGUCAUGGCCCAUGACCGCCUUCAUGUUGCCAUAGCCAGCUAACCAAUGGUGUUGCCAUAGUGAUCACGGAAUGACCUCACUGACCUCAUGGAUGUGAUUACCUCACUUGACCCAUGUGUGCAAGCAACCUUUGACCUCAGUGACAGGCCCCUGGUGAUGACUUCAUCUGCCAGAGGCCAUGGUGACAGUGUCUUGUGACAGCCCCUCACGUUACCAUGGUGACUUCAUAACCACCAACCUCCAUGGUGUCACCACAGUGACCACCUUUGACUUCAUCUCCCCUAUGAUCUCAUAGCUCUGAUCACACCCCCCAACAUACACAUGGUGCUGACGCCACAUGACCUCUGACAUACCAUCACAUGACCAAUGACCACCUCCCAGUGUGGCCAUGGUGAGUGACCUCACUGACCCCAUGGUGGCUACCCAUGAUGAUGUCACCUGGCUGUGACCUCACAGGAGGCCAGCUCCGCCCACCACUGACAUCAUGGCCUUCCUGUGACUCACCACAGUCCCAGCCAUGUUAAACCCCACAAGGUGGGGGAGAACCCAGGCAUCCAGGCUCCACCCCUGCCCCAGCCUUGCUCCUAUAGGGGCACCAGCACCUCCAGACUCUAGCCCCUCCAAGAUGCCUGGGUCCCUGGGAGCCUGGGGGGGGAGGUGCAGGGGGUCCAUGCAGAGCCCUGUGCAUAUUCACCCCCCAAUAAAUGAUAACCCCCUGA